UUUUUAAAUUGAAUUCCAGAGAACAAUAUUGUUAUUCAAAAAAUAGUACAAUGGAAGUUCAAGUUCAUCCAUUAACAAAUGAUCCGACUGCGGCUUGGAAGGAACUUUCACGUACACAGAGAGUGAUUAAAGUCACAAUGAAACCACCAUCAACCACUUGCCCUUACAAUAAACUUCGGAUAGUAUGUAUGUCUGAUACACAUUCGCUUACACCUUAUAUUAAGUUUGAUAUACCUGAUGGCGAUAUAUUCAUUCAUGCAGGAGAUUUUACAAAAUGUGGAAGAUUACAAGAAGUUACAGAAUUUAAUGAAUGGAUAGGUCGUUUACCUCAUAAGCACAAACUGGUGAUAGCAGGAAAUCAUGAACUUAGUUUUGAUAACAGUUUUACACAUCCAUUUCAAAAUAAACAAUCAUUAGAACGAACAAAAGGUGCUGGUCUUUCAAUAUUGGACGAAAUACCUACAUUGGGGAAUGAAAAAAAGAAUUUAGAGGAGGCAGUACAAACCCAAAAUAUUAAAGAUUAUCUUACAAAUUGUUAUUAUAUCGAAGAUGAAAUGAUUGAAAUAAAUGGUAUCAAAAUAUAUGGUACACCAUGGCAGCCAGAAUUUUGUAAAUGGGCUUUUAACGUUCCACGUGGAAGGCAUUGUCUUGAUAUGUGGAAUAAAAUUCCAGCAGGAGUCGACAUACUUAUAACCCAUACACCACCUGUUGGCCAUGGUGAUCUAUGUUGCUCUGGAGUUAGAGCUGGUUGCGUUGAAUUACUAUCAACCGUACAACAAAGAGUUAAACCAAAGUAUCAUGUUUUUGGACAUAUACAUGAAGGUUAUGGUAUAACAUCAGAUGGUAGAAUUAUCUUUGUAAAUGCUUCAACUUGUGACAUCAAUUAUUAUCCAAAUAAUCCCCCAAUUGUAUUUGAUAUUGCUUUACCAAAAGGCUAUGAAAAAAACUAAAAGAAGUGUUCAUUGAAAAUUUCGUUAAUUUAUAACUUCAAAUUUUGCAGAUUACAGCUCAUUGUAAAUAGAAAAGAAAAUUUAUAAAAAAUGUGAAAUAUUUAUAGAAAAUAAUUGUAUUCAAAUUUUUAAAAUGCAUGCGCUUAUUAGUUAAGUGUCUCGUUAAAUUUUAAAACGAGAAAAUAUUUAAUAAUUACCAUAACAAUAUUUAAUUAAAUCCCUUAUUUUUUGAAAAUAAAUUAUUUAUGCA